AUGACACAGGAAGAAUCGCCAGAUAGCGACGACUAUUUCAAUCAAUCCUACGAAACAGAGGGCAACAAUGUUACACAGCAAGCCGAAUUACAGACGGGGCCGACGAACGAAAACGUGCCUCGACCGAAGCGCAUUGCAUGUAUACUGUGCAGGAAGCGGAAACUGAAAUGCGACGGAACCCGGCCCAAGUGCAAUACAUGCUCGAGGUUAGGACAUACAUGCGAGUACAAUGAGGAGCGGAAGAAGUCAGGGCCCAAACGCGGCUAUGUCAAACUCCUCGAGGCACGCCUCAAGCAAGUUGAGAACAUGCUCGAGACGAAAGAUGCACCUACCAACACCGCACCCGUACCGGCAGCAGACCCAGACAAGAUCAUGAUGCCUGCAGAUCAGCUACCGGCAACCACAUCAAUGCCCAUGAACCUCGACCCUUCGUUCACCGACCCGACUAUGGUCAAUGGAUCGCCUGCUUUUGAUUUCAACACUGGCGACGACUUCCCUUGGGAGCUGAUCGGACUGGGACUUGAAGAAGCAUUGCCAACUCAGGAUGCGAUCGAUGAGUUGAACGAGAUCUACUUCGCGAAGAUCCACCCAUCACUUCCCAUGAUCCACCGGGCUCGGUUCCUACUCUCGAUGGAUCUAGCACCGCAUAUGCGGCCGGCGGUUUGUUUGAGAUAUGCUAUGUGGUGCCACGCUGCCGCCAUAACCUCAAAAUACGAAGGACUAGCCGAGCAUUUCUACCAGCGGGCGAGAAAAUAUGCAGAACAGGACGAAAUGAAAGGCCAUGGCGAGAGCAUAAUCACGCUUGGUCACUGUCAAGCAUGGACACUCCUAGCAUGCUAUGAAUUCAGGCAAAUAUACUUUCCGCGAGCCUGGAUGAGCAUCGGUCGGGCAUCUCGCCUCGCUCUGAUGAUGGGUCUGCAUCGGCAAGACAGAGUCGGCUUGGACGUGAAACAGACACUUCCUCCUCCUCGGGACUGGACCGACCGAGAAGAGAGGCGGCGUACUUUCUGGAUGGCUUACUGUCAAGAUCGAUACGCCAGCAUCGGCACCGGAUGGCCUAUGGUCAUCGACGAGCAGGAUAUCCUCACCAAUCUCCCAGCAAGCGAGGAGGCUUUCAACAGGGGCAAUCCAGAGCAGACUGGACAGCUGGCCGACAUUCUGGCUGGCUUGGGCACGGAUACCAUUUCGUCUUUCAGCGGAGUCAUUCUACUCGCAACACUAUACGGUCGGAACCUGACUCAUCUGCACCGACCAAGUGAUGACGAUAAUGACCAUGACCUCAACGGCGCUUUCUGGAAACGGCAUCGUCAGCUCGAUAACAUAAUAUUGAACAUCUCGCUGUCAAUGCCAUCCGCACUUCGACUACCGGCUGCUUUGUCAGAUGCCAAUGCAGUAUUCUGCAAUAUGAAUAUCCACACGGCUGCGAUAUGUUUACAUCAAGCUGCAAUUUUCAAAGCCGAUAAGCAUAAACUACCGGCACAGAUCAGCGCCGAGUCGAAACGAAGAUGCAUCGUCGCUGCAGAUCAGGUGACCAACAUCAUGAAAAUGAUCUGCCACCUGGAUCUAUCACUCAUGAAUCCCUUCCUGGCGUUCUGCCUUUACGUUGCCGCGAGAGUAUUUGUGCAAUACCUGAAGUCGCGAAAAGAGGAUCAGACAGUCAUGUCAGCCCUCAAUUUUCUCCUCUCAGCUAUGCACGCUCUCAAGCAGAAGAACCCCUUGACCGAGUCAUUUCUGGUGCAACUUGACGUUGAUCUCGAAGGAAGCGGCCUGCAGAUACAGAACCAGCCACAAUGGAAGUUCGGACAGAGACCGCCUGGAGAGAUACCCGCCGGCACCGAUGGCGUGCACUGCAUACCGCUCAUGGAGAUCCGCGAGUCACAGAGUCUAGGCCAGGCGGAUCGAGCACAUGGCGGUGGUGCUACUACGAACGCAUGGACUCGGGCUUUGGGUCCAGAGUCCGCAAAGACACCCCAUGGGCCGUGGCCUGUGGAUUCAAAUAGUGUCCCUACCUCUGAUUAUCCGAACUUAUAUGGGGCCGCCAACCAAACGCCGCCGAAUGAUUGUAUACAAGACCGGAAGAUGGACCACCUGCACCCCGUACGCGAGUUUAGUGGUGACGAUCUGCUCUACGGACAGAUGCGAGUGAAUAGUCAGGGCCCGUCACCCGGGAACAGCAACAGCAACAGUAAUGGUGGGAGUGGCAGUACCCAUUCCGGGCAGCCUACGCCGUCGACUUCUUCGCUGCCUUACAAUGAGUUUAGUCCGCCUAAUAUAGCAAGUACUGCUCAGUACGAUACGAAUCAGGUACCAUACACUGGAGUGGGCGGUGGACAACAGCAAUCGUGGGAGAUGCCUUCGAGGGGUCCGAAUGAUAUAUCGAGUAAAGGCAUGCCGCAGCAGCAGCAGGAGCAGGUCAGCCAGGGUACAGAAUUCAACUUUGGCCGGACGGGUAUGACGCCUGGAGCGACGGGGAUGACGCCAGGGUCGGAGGCGAUGUGGCAGAAUAGUGGUAAUGCGGAUUGGAUGUAUGGGUGGGGCAAUUGA